AUGUCUAACCAUAAUGAAAUGCAGCACAACAACGUUGUUGAAGACCAUGAGUCUCCGAUAUACCAAACCUACCCGUGUGGAUACUUUGUCCAAAGCCCCUCCACUCUCUCCCAUGCCAACAGCGCAGACAUACGCAGCAACAUCCAAAACGACACCGAAUCCACUUUUCACUCCCCGAUCCGAUCCGAGACCCACCCAUCAAACCCGACUCACGAAUCCCGCUUUACUCUCUGCCGCUACUCCUCCUCCCGGGGCUCCAGCCACUCCUUCUUGCACCACAAGAAGGUCUCCUACGAUGGCAGCCACGGCAAUGACACCGAGAACGGUGAUGUUAACUGUCUCGUUGUCAUUGAUAGUAAUGGCUACGGCGACGGUGAUGUGAAUGACAAUGAGGAGGAAGGGUUGUUUUAUGAGUAUUAUUAUGGGAAGAGAAAAGGAGGGUGGAAGAGGUACUUCUCUUACCGUAACUCCGAUUCAUGUGCUUGGAUUUGGUUGCAAAUGUGUUGGAGAGCUGUGCUGAGCUUGGGAAUUGCAUUGCUUGUGUUCUACAUUGCUACAAAACCUCCACCUCCCAUUGUCUCCGUUGAGAUCACUCGGAUUCUAGAAUUUAAAUUAGCGGAAGGGGUGGAUAAAACUGGUGUUACAACAAAGAUUCUGACCUGCAAUUGUUCUAUGAAUUUAAUCAUAGAGAAUAAAUCCAGGUUCUUUGGUCUUCACAUUCGUCCUCCCAUGAUGGACAUGAAAUUUUCCAUCUUACCCUUUGCAUUUUCAAAUGGGCCUGAGAUCUAUGCUGAGAGUGGCUUAACAAUCUUUACGUUACAUUUGGCAACGAAGAACAAGCCCAUGUAUGGUGCAGGAAGAAGCAUGCAGGACAUGCUAGAUUCCGGAGGAGGAUUGCCAAUAGUGAUACGAGUAUUCCUAAGAUCAAGUUACAAAGUCGUUCCGAUCCUUAUCAAGCCCAGGUUCCAUCACCGAGUUGAAUGUAUGGUGCUUCUCCGGAAGGCUUACGAUAAAAAACAUCGAACCCAAGCAUUUCAUAGCACAUGUAAAGUAACUACUUAG